UUUUACCUUGCCAGGGUCAAGCCGCCCGCCCACAUCUAUGCCGUGAGCCAGAUAAAUUGUCGAAACCUCCCAAGGCCGUGCCGUCCGGUCUUGUGACGCUUGCUUGCCCUUUCGGUUUUAUUAUAUCCUCUUCCUACCGAUAGCGAUAGUUUGCUAUAGUGAUUCAAUUUUCUCCCGAGAAAUCAAAGUAAACAAUGAAAAUCUGUGUGAAGACUCUCAAAGGAUCCCACUUCGAGCUCCAAGUGGAACCAAAAGAUACGAUUGCUGAUGUGAAGAAGAACAUAGAGACUGUUCAAGGAGCAAAUGUGUAUCCUGCUUGCAAGCUAAUGCUUAUCCACCAGGGGAAAGUUCUCAAAGAUGGCACAACUCUGGAGGAGAAUAAAGUUGCUGAAAACAACUUCGUUGUUGUCAUGAUGGCAAAGAGUAAGAGCACACCUGGAGAAGGUUCAGCAUCUGCUACACCUGCAGCCAAGGAAACACAGGUUACCAGUAACCCACCUGUGAGCUCAACUCCAGCUUCUACAACUACAACUACUGCACCAACUUCUACCCCUGUUGCAACCCCAGCCCCUGCACCUUCGGCAACUACUGGAUCAGGAGAUGUCUAUGGUCAGGCAGCUUCUAGUUUGGUUGCAGGAAACAACCUUGACGUAGCUAUCCAACAGAUUCUUGAUAUGGGUGGGGGAAGCUGGGACAGGGACACUGUUGUUCGGGCUUUGCGUGCUGCUUAUAACAAUCCUGAGAGGGCUGUUGAAUAUUUAUAUUCUGGUAUCCCUGAGUCAGCUGAAGUCCCUCCUGUGGGAGGUGGUAAUAUACCUGCAGAGCAAGCUACAAACCAGACUGCUCUGCCUCAGCAAGCGACACAACCUGUGAAUGUUCCUUCAAGUGUUCCAAAUGCAAAUCCUCUAGAUUUAUUUCCACAGGGUCUUCCCAGCAUGGGUUCCAAUACAGGUGGCGCACAGUCCUUGGAUUUCUUACGCAAUAGCCCGCAGUUUCAAGCCUUGAGAACAAUGGUCCAAGCCAACCCACAAAUCUUGCAGCCCAUGCUUCAAGAAUUGGGGAAACAGAAUCCUCAAUUAAUGAGGCUUAUACAGGAGCAUCAGGCUGAUUUUCUUCGCCUCAUCAAUGAGCCUGCUGAAGGAGGAGAAGGCAACGUACUUGGGCAGCUUGCAGCAGCAAUGCCCCAGGCUAUACAAGUAACACCUGAGGAGCGUGAGGCAAUUGAACGUCUCGAAGCGAUGGGAUUUGAUCGAGCACUUGUACUGCAAGUAUUCUUUGCUUGCAACAAGAACGAAGAGUUGGCCGCCAACUAUCUGUUGGAUCACAUGAAUGAGUUUGAGUAAUGAUUGAAAAAAUGGAGUUUCGAUUAAUUAUUAUAGUAAUUUUCCUUUCUCGUGCUAACGGUACACACGCAUUAGCUUCCCAUUCAACAUUUUGUGGUUUCCGUGUGCAUUGUAACUAUAUUUCUGUUGUUGAAUUUCGAGUGAUUUUGUGUUAUAAACUUAUGUCGAACAUAGAUUAUUAAUGUGUACCAGUAGUGUUUUCAAAUAUUGUCUUUUUAAUUCCGUUUCAAGUUGGUUGACACUAGGGAUGGACUCCGGUCCGGGUCCGGGUCGGGCCUAGGCCCGGGCGGGCCGGCGGGUCAGAAAUGGUGGACCCGGGACCGGCCCGGGUAACCACCGGGUCCGGUCCGGGGCCGGGGCCGGGCCCAUUAUAUAUAUUUUUUUGUUUUCCUCUUCCUAAUUAACCCCCCUCCCACCCCCAACCCCCCAAACCACCCCAAAUGGCCCAAAAUACCCAGCCCAACCCGAAAAUUUAAAAAAAAAAUGAAAGAAAAAAAAAUAGUUUUUGGCCUGAACCGGGCCCGGCCUUGUUUUGGGUGACCCGAGCCCGGACCGGAAAAUCCACGGGCCGGGCCUACCCGGACCGGUCACUGACUGGGCCACCGGGUCGGGCCGGGCCGGGUCGGGCCGGGCCGGGCUGGGCCGGAACAGUACUGGACCUGGGUCGGGCCUCCCGGGCCGGUUCCGGGUCGGGCCACCCGUCCCGAGUCCAUCCAUAGUUGACACCAUUACGCAAGUUGCACUGGUGGCUUGUCUCUAUAUUUUGAGGUGUGAAUUACCAGUUUAUUGGUAGUACCUUUUGCAGACAUCAUUUGUUCCAAUAGAAAAACAAACAACAAAGUAAACAAGUUUACAAUAGUUUUGUUCGUAAACAACAAAUUCAAUACAUACAAAGGGAUGGUGAAGGACCGGGCCAGUUGUCCGGAUUUUUUGUUUGAGUCAUUUCUUUUUGAAAAAUUGGAUUGAACUUGGAAUUCGAUCCUGUUUUUCUGUAUAAGGUUUCAGUUCCUUUUUACCUCUAUUCAGAACUGGACCAGUUUAGGAUUGUUUCUUGGUGUCUGAUGCAUGAAAGUGAACUCUCAUCGUCACUUCGAAAAAUAAGACAACAAUAUUGUUCAAUGUUGCAAAGACUCCCACCUAAUGCACAUAGUAAUUGUUUUUGGAUGACUCAUGAUUAAAAUUACGUUGAAAAUUGCAUGAUUGAUUGUUAUUUCAUAACAAAGAAAUGUGAAUGGUUUAGUUGGCUAUAUUUCUUUAUUCCAUCAUAUUUUCAAGUAAAAAAUAGUGAAUCUUUCACUUCAUUUUGUGGCUUUUGUUUUGUCAAGCACGUGACAUUUGGCAUAAUAUUCAUGAUUCAUGAAGA